CACAGGCAUUUACAUGGUUGGUUUCCUCAGCAGUUUCUCUGGAGCUAUUGUUUACUACCUAUACAUUUGGCUCUCUGGAAAACCUCAUUCUCUUCAACACUUUGCUUUUGUUUGCAUAGCGGGAGCCUUACAUUGGAUUCCUUUCACUGUUAUUGCAUAUGUUACCAUGUUUGCUAGGAUCUCUCGGAAUCCAGCAAGCUUUGCGUUCUCACUUGCCGUCGGUUACUUAGCUCAUGGCUUGAUUCUCAGUUUCAUUACAUGUGCUUUGACUCAUCUUCUUACUGAGAGACAACAGUCAAAACAAUCUUAUUUCAAGGUAUUCAUCAGACACCGAAUUACUAUUGCCUGUCACCAUAGAUUUGCCAAGCUUCUCUCUGGAACAGAGGCUUUUUGCAUGUAUUUACGGUUUUUGGGUGCAAAAGUUGGCCAACAUUGUUCAAUCAGAGCAAUCAACCCAGUUUCAGAUCCGGAGUUAGUUGAAAUCGGUGCCGGCGUUCAUCUUGGCGACUUUAGCAGAAUCAUCACAGGAUUUUACUCCCAUAGCGGUUUGGUUCGCGGGAAAGUUGAGGUGCAAGAUAAUGCAGUUGUUGGGAGUCAAAGCCUAGUCCUUCCAGGCUCCAGAGUAGAGAGUGAUGUAAUUCUUGGUGCACUUUCAGUGGCCCCUGAAAACUCACUUCUCCAAAGUGGUGGUGUUUAUGUGGGAUCUCAAACUCCAAUCAUGGUCAAGAACAUUAAGCAUGCUUUAGAUGAUCGAAUAGAAGAAAUGGACACGAAGUAUAAGAAAAUAGUAGGAAAUCUUGCCUCAAGUUUAGCUGCAACCACUUUGAAGGUUAAAUCAAGAUAUUUUCAUCGAAUUGGUGUUGCAGGGAAUGGCUACUUGAAAAUAUACGGCAAGAUCGAAGGAUUCCCUGAUCACAAGAUUUUUCACCCUGGAAAGUCCUACCGUGUCCUAGUUCGACAUAGCAAUAGCCUGAGUGCUGAUGAUGAUGCAAGGCUAGAUGCUCGAGGUGCUGCAGUAAGAAUACAUCUAGAUGAGACUAAUGGUGUUAACACUCUGGCCCUUGACUUAACACUGAAAACAGGCAAUGCAUUCUAUGCUCGAACCAUUGCCGAUUUCGCAACAUGGCUUGUAUGUGGACUUCCUGCAAGAGAAGAGCAUGUGAAGCGAGUCCCACAUAUCCGAGAUGCAGUGUGGAUGUCCCUUCGAUGUGCUAACUCGUACACUGAGCUGCAUUACUAUUCAAACUUUGUUCGGAUUCUUCGAUUCUCGGAUGGGGAAGAAAGGUACGUGAAAUUCAAGUUGAGACCUUGUGAUGAAAGUAUCAGCGAGGACUCUGGGAAGGUUGAACCCAGGGGGAUUCUCCCACCAGAAACAGGUGCAAUUCCGAGGGAUGAAAAGGACACCCGCCCCUUACUUUUCCUUGCGGAGGAUUUCCAACGCAGGGUGAAAUCCGGGGGUGUUCGAUACAUAUUCCAGCUACAAAUCCGGCCUGUUCCAACAGAUGAAGCCGCAAGAGAUGAUGCGCUUGACUGCACUAAACCAUGGGACGAGACUGAGUUUCCAUACAUAAAUGUAGGUGAGAUUAACCUUGAACAAAACCUCACCCGAGAAGAAGCCGAAGCCCUAGAGUUUAAUCCAUUCCAAAGAUGCCAUGAGAUCGAUGUUAUCCGAGCUUCCUCGUCCUCUCAGAGUGCUUCUAUUGAUCAUGGCCGCUCCCUGAUCUACGAGAUUUGCCAACGUUUGAGAAACAAGGAACCACUUCCCGAGGCAUGGAGAAUCUUCCUAGAGCAAUCUGAUGUGAAAGUUGACCUGUCAGGGUGUCCAAUGGCAGCAGCAUUGGAGAAAAAGGACACAGGGAAAGUGACCCUGGAAAGAAACUUGUCUCAAACCUCAUGGUCAAUUUUCGUUCAGCCAUUGUUACAGACUGUGCUUCCUUAUUUCCUCCUGGGACUAGCAAUCUUCGCACCUUUAACCAGCGCUCUCCACAUGAAGGAAUCAAAGAAAUUCCCACUGCACUGGCUACUUCCACUUUUCUGGGUUUCUUCAGGUAUCGCAGCUGCAUUAACAUGCGUGGUGGCAAAAUUGGUUAUCGUGGGAAAAAAGAAGGAAGGUGAAACAGUACAGAUAUGGAGCAAAAGGGUGUUCAUGGACACCAUCUGGCAAGCUUUCAGAACACUAGUCGGGGAAUAUUUCAUGGAAAUGACGAGCGGGUCCGUUUUAUUCGUGCUGUGGAUGAAAUUAAUGGGAUCAGACGUUGAACCGGAGCAAGGGACAUACGUGGACAGCAUGGGAGCUUUACUGAAUCCAGAAAUGGUGAAGAUUGAGAGAGGAGGAUGUAUCGGAAGAGAUGCGUUGCUAUUUGGACACAUAUAUGAAGGUGAAGGUGGCAAAGUGAAGUUCGGGAAAAUCAAAAUCGGAGAAGGAGGGUUCAUAGGAAGUAGAGCGGUGGCAAUGCCCGGAGUAAGAGUGGAGAGUGGAGGAAAUCUCACUGCACUAACACUUGCCAUGAAAGAAGAGAUUGUUAAGUAAAGGUUGAAGGAGCUGUUCAUUGUUCUUGGGGCAGACAGUACACUGC